CGCUCCCCCAACUCCAGCGCAGCACCCGCGGGCCACGCCCCCUCCGGCCACGCCCCCGCAAUCCCCCGCCUCCUCUGCGAGCCCCGCCCCCGGCACCUUCCCCGCUCCUGCUCCCUCGGUGGAGCCUUGCCCAAAAGCGCCUGCGCCUUGUGACCACGCCCCGGCCGCGCCUUCGGGCCCCGCCCCCUACUGGCCCCGCCCCCUCUCGGCUGCGGGGUGGGAGCCGGGCCGCGCAACGCGCAUGCUCCAUGCGCGGCGCCCCCGACUCGCCGCUCGGCUCCGUUCGGGCAUUUCCGCCUCUUUGUUUUAAACUCCGGACGGGUUUUUUUCUCCUGCUCUUGGGGGGGACCCGGAGGGAGCGGCGCCCCCCCCACUCCCGACGCUGCCCCCGCGUGCGCCCCGCUCGCCCGCAGCCGAGACGGCAGAAGCCAAAGAUGUUGACCAGAAAGAUUAAACUCUGGGACAUAAACGCCCACAUCACCUGCCGCCUAUGCAGCGGAUAUCUCAUCGACGCGACUACAGUGACCGAGUGUCUGCACACGUUCUGUCGGAGUUGCCUGGUCAAGUACUUGGAAGAGAACAACACCUGCCCCACGUGUAGGAUCGUGAUCCACCAGAGUCACCCACUGCAGUACAUUGGUCAUGACAGAACCAUGCAGGACAUUGUUUACAAACUGGUUCCAGGCCUCCAGGAAGCGGAAAUGAGGAAACAGAGGGAAUUCUACCACAAGUUAGGCAUGGAAGUGCCUGGAGAUAUCAAGGGGGAGACCUGUUCUGCAAAACAGCACCUAGAUCCCCAUCGGAACGGUGAAACCAAAGCAGAUGACAGUUCGAACAAAGAAGCAGCAGAAGAGAAGCAGGAAGAGGACAAUGACUACCACAGAAGUGACGAGCAGGUGAGCAUCUGUCUGGAGUGCAACAGCAGCAAACUGCGGGGCUUGAAACGGAAGUGGAUCCGCUGCUCGGCCCAAGCAACAGUCCUGCACUUGAAGAAGUUCAUCGCCAAAAAACUUAACCUUUCGUCUUUCAACGAGCUGGACAUUUUAUGCAACGAGGAAAUCCUGGGCAAGGACCACACACUCAAAUUUGUGGUUGUCACAAGAUGGAGAUUCAAGAAGGCGCCACUCCUGCUCCACUACAGACCCAAGAUGGACCUGCUCUGAGCCUAGCCCUGGGCCGGCUCUGCUGCCCUCCGUGCCACCUGCGGGUGUCGUGGGGACCAGACUUCUGAAUAGAGAGUAUUUAUAACUUUUGUAUGAGAGAAUUCACACUCAGCAAGACACUACCAGCACCACGGUUACAAGACGACGAAACACUUCACAGUCUCAGCGGCAGAAGGAGCGCCUCUCACAGACCAGAUGGUAAACAUGGUGGCCAGGCAACCUGUGCUUGCUUCCCGGGCCUUGGAAAUCCGGUCAUUUCCGUUGCGUUUAUGAAUUAGGGUUCAUGCUAAGCCUCAAAAAUCCUUGUACAUUUACUGAACCCUUCCUAAGUUAUUGAAAAAUCUCUCUCCAUGGUGAAUGACAAUAUUUAUGUUGCCUUUAGCUUCCUGAAGACUCAGAAGGUAUAUAAAGGGUUAAUUUAAAACCAUUCCAUUAAUUCUAUGAGUUCGGCGCGGUAUUUCAUCAUCUACCAUGUUAGGAACCGUGACAAGCCCAUAGCUCCCCUGCCUGGCCUGGGGCUCUGGGCUCUGAGGCCCCGAGGUGAGGUGGGGGGCUCCACGUGCUGCUCCCCAGACAUAGGCGCUCCCCACAGGGCAGAUCAGAGGUGGCUUGGCCAGCUUAAUGCUGGUUUGCAGAGCCGUUCUUGUUCUCAGACGGGACUGGUGUUCAGUAGGGCUCUGACCCUUCAGGAACUUAAGUUCCCCACUUAAUUCUUUCCCGGGUUUAUCGUGCUGAAGAGAGAGGUGGUGGCAUUGUAUAGGGUCUCCCUGAGAAGGUGCCGUCAGUCAGAGGAGGGCUGGCACCCGGGGCAUGCAGACUGAGGUUCCCGCCAUGUCCACCCCACGCUGCCCCGUGGACGGGGGUGUUGGGGGGGUACCCUCCAGCAAGCUUCGGAGGAGCCUGCCGGCUGCUCUUUCAGUUCCUUGGUGACCUGAAAUGCCAGUCACAGGCAGGACACACUUUGUCUACCCCUUUCUCCUCCCAGGUGUUAACAUUUUUGUGGGAUUAGUGAAUAAACUCUGACGGCACAUUAAGUAUUUGUCCCUUUAAAACAGUAACUGGGAACAUGGAAAGGCAGGAGGAGAAAGCAGCCAUUUUCCGGGGUCGUGAAAGUGUUCUGGGGUUCUGUGGCCAUCCUUGUCCUCUCUGUCUGCCCACACCGUCCAUUUGUCUGUGAGCUCUGGGUUCCUCCCCCUCGUCCUCAGUCACCCCCAGGCAGCCGCAGCCGCCCACCUCCUUUGUUCAUGGAAUGUGUCACCAUCCUGUCUGGAAUUUCUUCUCACAUUUGCUUUGAAUGUUAUGGUGGGGUUUUUUCUGUUUCCUUUUCUGUUAUAUACGUGAGACCUAAUCUUGGUGACAAGAAAACCAUUCAAAUUAAUUCAAUCCAAGUGAUUCUAACAUAAGGCCUUUUAGAAGCCUCGAAGCAGGUUCUGUUAGGAAUUGGUCACCAGUCACCCCUCCCUGAAGCCCCUUCACCCCCGGUGCUGUUUGCCGUGUUCAGUUCGCUAGCUUGCUGUCCGUCCGAAUCACGUCUGCAGAUCGCUCCACGAGGGUCACUGAGUAGGUGUGUAUGAGUGCAUAUGACCUGUCUACCUCAACAUACACAUUGUUGCUGAAGCCACACUAAGCAUGGUGCGGUCUGGGCUCUGGCGUUGGAACUCGGCUGUUCUCCUGGGCGGCGGUGGAGGGGAGGGUCCCACAGUGUAAGCAUCCAAAUUCAAACAAUAUCAACUCACAGUUCAGGUCAGACUGAGUGUCGCUGUCAGAAUCUCCUAAUAGAUAUUUGUGACUUUGUAGCUAUCUUUGGAAUCACUUGAAUUUGCUAUGGUGCUAAGUGGAUGUAUUUCGAUACACAGGUGGAGGUGGUCAGGGCCAGCGCUUACACCACCGGCUGGCUGCUGACCCACCCGUGACCCCCUUUUGUAAUCGUGUUACCCUGACAAAACCUCAGCUGCAGACCUACUAUUUUUCUAAGAUUCCUCAUGCAGACUGUCUUCACUGCAGGGCGGCCCCCAGGGACCCGCAGCCCUCGGCAGACGGGAGCCCAGAGCCCGUGUCCCAGGGCGACUUCUGUGGUCCCCUCCCCACUGGCACGCUUUCAUUUCACCUCGAAAGGCUGAGUUUCGUUUUUUCCAGCAUGCAAGCCAGGAUCAGUUUCUUUUGUAACAGACGGAGUUCCUGUGAAGUGGUCUUCACGACUGUUGACGCUGGUAAUAACACACAUGCUAUUCAGUCACCUUCCUGCGUCACCGUCAACGGCAGUGGGACCCGCUCCCCAGCAUGCGGGCUCACUACGUGCAGUUCUCAUGAAGAUAGAAAAUUCAGAUAGAAUAUAUAAUAUUGAAUUUAAGAUUUGGGGGGGUUAAAAAAAAGAAAACUUAACUUUAUAAAAUUAUUUAUUCUAUUUUAAGCCUUCUAUCAUAUUUUCCCAUCCAAUUGUUUGGUUUCCGUGGUCCAGCUUUAUUUACAGGCAUAUAAAAUGAAAUUGUGACAUGUUUUGCAAGCUUCUUCUUUUUACUUUGAGUAGCUUUUAAUUUGUACGUUUUUGUUUCAUAUAGAUGAAGAGCAUCGUUCAUGCUUUUGUGCGAUAGGUUCCAAGAAGCAUUUAUUAGAUAUCUGUUUAAAUUGUAAUGUCGCAUCUCUUCUGCUAAAUCGAAAGGGAACGUCGGUGGAAUUUCAAAAUAUGUGCAUUCAGCUAUUUGGUUUUUCCUUCUCACUGUUGUUCCAAGAACACUGUUUGGGGAUGGUUUGUGUGUGUGCCCCGUGCGAAAACACCUGUCCACAACAUCUGAGGGCGCAUGACCGGGCAGGCAGCUGCCAAGCACUGUGUGGCCGCCCCAGGUCCCCUGUCUUCAGACCCUGCAUGCUCACAGCCCUGGAUAUGCCACCGCGUAUCCACCAUAUGUGGGACGGUGCUACUCCCCCUGCGGCCCAAGCCCUCUGGGUCGUGCGGCCUCUGAUGCCUCCUUGUGGUGAAGUCUUUAGAAAUUUGUUUCAUUUUUCCUCAAAGCUCACAGGCGGGCAUUUUAGAGCAAUUUAAAAUGUGUCAUUGGAUCGAUUGUUCUAGGAACGAGCCAGCUGAUUUCUACUUUAUACGUGAAUAUUAGAUACGCUCUCAAGAUGUUGAAAGUAAACAGCGCAGGUAGCCAAAUCAGAAAAUACCCAGUUUCUCUGUUUCCUCAGGAAAUCAUUAACACUCCAGCACAUCACGUGUGACCUUUGCGUGAUAAGCCAGUGGGUUUCUCUGCCUUGGUAUUUCAACAAACUACAGAAAUUGGGAUAAGUAGAUUAGAAAACCAUUAUUCACACUAACCAUAAUUUUGCAAAGGUUCUGUCCCUGCCAGGCAGGGACCCAGGUGGCACGGCCAGCCACCAGCCCACCAAGGAGGCUCUGCCUGCGCAACCCACCCCCCCACCCUCCACUUGCAUUGCGUGUGGGUCACCACAUCCAUGAGCACAUCUGAAGGAUGGACUGACGUUUGAGUGUCCCCUAAAAUGUGUGUAGCAUUAGUGUAAAUGUCUAUUCCGACAAUUUAAUUGGGUCUAAGGAAACCAUUUUUCCCCAAAUGAUGAAGGGUCCAGGGGUGUGAGCCACCGUUAGCCUGAUCGUCACAUGUGUUGCGGUUUACUGAGAUGACAAUGCAGAUACAUAUUUUUGACUGUUUAAUUUGAAAGUUUACAUUUUUUAUGCUUUGUGUUGGUGUGUAAUUUUUGUACUAUUGGUGGCUAGUUUUUGUCUAAAAUCUUUUUUGGAAUAUUGCUUAAAUGUUUUGAUUUUAUGAUAGUGAAGCUUGUACUCAGUGUUUUGCCAAUUAAUAUUAUAUGCUUGUAAUAAAAGCAAAAGAAAAACUUA